GCCAAUUCUCUCCCUCGGCAUCCGAGCUUCUGCGUUACUUGCUGAGCCGUUCGUUGUCUGUCUUAAGCCGCCUCGACACAAGUUUCGCUUGGUAUUUGCUGUGCUUUGGCCACGGGUCUGCAGAGACCAGAAAUGUGUCUUCAGCAGAGCAGCGUCUAACUGUGGGAUCACCAGAAGAGAGUGCACGGAGCUUCCCACCUCACACAGAUGGCGCUGAGGAGGAGGACUUUGAGGAAGGAGCCCUCGUUGCAGAAACGGGACUUCAGCGAGGCGGAGUUGAAAGACCUGAGGACAGCGUUUGGGCUGCUGGACAGAAACAGAGAUGGCAGGGUGACAGCGAGCGAACUGCAGUUCAUGCUGCAGAACCUCGGAAUCCAAGUCAGAGACGAACUCAUAAAAGACCUCAUCAAUGAGGCGAGCCAUUCAGGUAAUGGGCUGAUUGACGAAACGGAGUUUCUGCAGUGGGUGGGCCGAAUCCAAGCCCUGAGCCAGGACACCAGCGCUGACGACGCAGAUGACAUCACGAAGGACCUCAUAGCUGCCUUUCGCGUGUUUGAUCGCGACUGCAAUGGAUACAUAACGAAGGAUGAACUGAAGACGGCUAUGGACAUGAUCGGAGAAAGCGUGACGGACGUGCAGCUGAACGAACUGCUGGCAAUAGCCGACAUUGACCACGACGGAAAGAUAAAUUAUGAAGGCACUAACAGACGCUAUGGUAGCUGAACCUGUAGGUUCAGUGCUGCCAAUACCAAAUCGCACCAAUGAAAACAAUCCUCAGCUGGAUUCUUUCAUCCCCCAUUCUCACAACCUAUCUCUGUAAGAUUCAUAUUAAUGUUAUCCUCACCACUCCUUUUCAGUCUAAUCAGCAGGCAUUUCCUCCCCAGAAUUCUGCAGGCUCACGUACCAUCCUACAUAAAUAACGUAUCUCCACUCACCAGUCACUCUUGAAGCGACUUCAAAUCCACGGCGCAGCUGACGCCCGACAAUGCGGACGCUCGUAUCCUGACAGCCUAUAUUUACUAGCCAUUUCAUGAGUCUUCUAUAUUAGAUGACCACAAACAGCGUAGUGCAGGAGACGCCUGAAACCAAAGUAGACGAAGUGUUUGGUUAACAGAGUCAACGACACGGGAAGUAACAGGAGGGCGCGAAAAACUGCGCGAUGAGGAGCUUCAGACCUCCUCGCCAAAUAUUAUUAAGGUUAUCAAAUCAAAUAGGAUAAGACGGGUGAGGCAAGUCGGUGAUGCGCACACAAAACCUGUAAGGAAGAGGCUACUUGGGAGACCAAGUCAUAGGUGGAAAGAUAAUGUCAAAAGAGGAGAGGGUACGAGUGCAGGAUCUUGCAAACGUGGGAAUAAACUUUCAAGCCCCAAACAACGUACAGAAUUUAUUGACCAGCUUCUCGAGAAACUCUCUGCUCCGCUGAGGGCCAUUUAGCUGAUACAGUGAAGCCAUCUUUAUACGGGCCCAGGGACAAAAUACAACAUCUUAACCGAGAACUAGGGCAGUAUUCGAUAAUUAAAGUGCAUAAGUCAUACAUCACCAAAUGACAGGACGACUCUUUCACCUGCCCGGAGGCCGCGAGGAAAAUGAGAAGAAACUCGGUAAAGACGGCCGGUCUCUGGCAAACGGUUCAAACCAAAAACUUUCAAAUAUGAAACAGGACUGCAAAACACUUGACCAUAAUGUAUGGUGACAUGUAAUUAACGAAGCUUCAAUGUUUUUUUAAAAUUAAUUUCAGUUAUAAUAUAACUUCACCACAGA